GACUGACUGACUGACCUCCACUGCAAGUGACGACAAAGAAGUUGCUUGCAGGUUUAAAAUCGAGAACAGCUCGAUACAAAUCAGAUUAACCAAGAUGAUGUCAAGAACAGCCGGCUCAGGCCUUGGGGCCACAGGUCUCUACAGGUCGGCGGCAACAAAACAGCCCUUAAUCACAAACCAAAGAUGCUUCUCACAAACACCAUCUCGCCAAGCAACCGUCAUCCGAUUUUCAAAGAGCCGCAAACCCGAACUCAACGAACUACUCACCACCAUGCGAGACAAGAUCCUGCUCCCAUGCUACAUCCCAGCCGACCAGCGCAAGCUCCUCGUCCGGACGAAAAACAAGGAGAAGCUCGCCAAGAACCCCGUAGUAUUGGAGGUCGACGAGAAGAUCUACAAGUUUGGCUAUAGGGAUCCCCGCGUCGACGACCCAAGCCCCCGCGGUACCAUGAUGAAAGCCAUUAAGUUGAUGGAUACGGACAGGGACUUCAACAACCUCAACCUCCUGCUCGAGGGCCUGCACUCGGUUGCCAAGAUCAAGUGGCAGAAGCCCUGGGAUAUGCCGAGGAUUGUGCGUCGGGCCGGCUAUCACGGCCAGGUCCUCAAGAUCCUCGAGGCGGCACGUCGCGUCGAGGCCACCGGCAUGAAGCUGGACGACGCCGAGGUCGUCUCGGAGCUCAUGUACUGGAUUCAGGAGAGGGCAUUUGGUCUGAGGCCUGAGGCCGACCACUGGACCCAGAAGGGUACCGCGCAGGCCCUAAAGUGGGCCGAUAUGGUCGUCGACAUGCUGCACCUGCCUGAGCACAAGCCGGCAGUCACGCCCAAGGGUCAGCCCGGCGGCCUGGCUUUCAUGUACGACCCCAAGGUGAGGGGUGCUCAGCUUCACCUCGCCGCCGCGCUAGCGGUCAAGCACCCGCAGCCCGAAAACCCUGAUGUGGACGCCGCACAGAGGAAACGGGUCACCGAGCUCGCCACUGGUCUGACACAUUCGUGGCCUGCCGGCAAGGGCCUGCGUGAGAUUCACCCGCCCGUUAUCAACGACAAGGGCUACCGAUACUUCCUCAGUCAUGACGGUGGAUUCCUCCGCGUGGCCGCUCCCAUCCUCCACGGUCUUGAGUUGGCCAUGACAAUUGUCGAGCCUGAGCUUGCAGAGCAGCUCAAGUCAAGGCGAGAUGCGUUGGCUGCUGAAGUGGACGAGGUCAUUGCCAAGAGGCCGGAGAAAGUGGCAAACGGUUUGAGGACCUAUGAUGUUCUGUUUGGUACCGAGCACGCUCCCGCAGGUCUGAGCAGUGUGGAAGAGAUGGAGACGAAGUCAUCAUGAUGCAUGGUGGGAGAGGCUGGAGAAACGAGCCGUGACUGUAUAACAAUAUAUUGUAUUGAGUACCCUGUGGGAUAUAUUCGUGUGUGUCACAUAGUAAAAGAAAACGGACUUGAAUUUUUUUUGGCGCUUUCGUUUUUUUUUUCUUUUUUUUUUCCUUUCUUUCUCCCCUGUCUGUCAUAUAGUACUUGACAAAAAAGUACCUACUACAUAUACACC